ACUCCCGUGUGAAUGCGUUCGUGUGACAAGGAAGCGAGAAUUUCUUGUACACACGAGCCGCCCGUACCGCCUGAGGGUGACAGGAUUUCCCUGCUUGUCACGUCGGCAACAACUGUCCUCUUAUUCCUAACCCAGCUCGGAGCUGGGCCACAAGAUUGGUUGAGAAUGAAUCCGAAUGCGCUUUACUGUCUGCACGCAGAGGGAAUUUCGAAGGGAUUACAAAGCCGGUUUGGGUUAAAUCCCUUUAAUUUGUGCUGAGCUGCGAAAGAAACCCAGCGGGUGUGUGAACCCGAAGCAUGAAGGGGCCUAGGAAUGUUUAGCGUCUCGGGCAGAGCAGCCAGGAGCUGGAGAAUAUUGGGAGCCAGGAAUCUCUCCAGCCGUCCGGGACCAAGUCCCUGCACGUGCCCGCGUGUCCCGCUGCGACGGGAGAAAAGAAUGGAUCCGGCUGGACAGAAACUGGGGUCAGAGUUUAAUCCUGAUAUCCCCGGAAACCCCGAGAGCGGAGCGGAGCCAGGUGAUGGCCGAAGCUGCAGGCUCAGGAAACAUGCUGCAUGUACAGUCGCAGUGAGCGUUGUACUUGUCAUUCUGAUUGUUGCUGUUGUUACUCUGGCAGUGCUGGUACUUAAAACACAGCCCCAAUUCAUGGCCUGGUGCCCAGAUGGCUGGAUCGGAUACCGAGGGAAAUGCUACUAUUUCUCCGUGGCUGAAGAGAACUGGAACAACAGCCAGAGACGCUGCUCUGCGCUUGGUGCUUCCCUGGCUCUGAUUGACAGCAACCAGGACCUGCCUUUCAUGAUACGAUACAAAGGCAUCUCCAAGCACUGGAUCGGCCUCUGGAGAGAGCAGGUCGGGCAGCCCUGGAAAUGGGUGAAUGACUCUGAUCUCAAUAUACCGUUCCUGAUAAGAGGAGGAGGUGACUGCGCAUAUCUGAACAACAAGAGCAUCAGCUCUUCCAGGUGCAUCAAUGAGAGAAACUGGGUCUGCAGCAAACCUGAUGCGUAUACAAACACAACACAGAGGAGUCAGGAGCUGAAAAGCCUCACAACAGGCUAUUAGAGAAACUCCAUCUCGCACAACCAGUCUACAGCCGAGUUUAUAAACAAGGAUUAAAAAAUAAAAUAGCAAAAUUUCCAGUGGAUGCUGAAUUAUUAGGUUAAUCAAACUGAAAAACAACAGGAGGAACUUCAGCGGGAUCUAUCCACGUGAGAGGAACGGGUCACCCACUGGCAAAUGAAAUAGUGUGACAAAUACAGAUAAGGUCCAACGGAGGAACAAUUGAGGAUUACUCAUCCACCUUCGUAGCUGCUAACAUAACUACAACGGCUCUGGAAAAGGAGCGGGGGUGAACUGCUGACCCCACUGAAAUUUAUGCACAUUUUCCCAUUCAAUUCAAGGAGGCCAGCCUCUCACACAUUGGAGACUGCCCAGCGCAGACCUUGGCUGAGCGUGCAGUUGCUGACAACAAAGCAAACAAGAUGUUGGGGUACAUAAGGAACGCAGUAGGUGACAAUCCAGAAAGUUCUCUGAUGUCAUUAUAUGAAUCAAAGGGACACGCUGAUGGGGAACACUGUGUGCAGUACGGGUCACCCAUCUCCAAAAGGACGCUGCAGAACUAGAGGAGGUUCAGAGACUGGUGACAAGAAUGAUGGGAGGCCACCUGGGACUUUCGUGUGCUGAGAUUGGAGCUGAUCUUGUCAGAGAAUAAGGGGACGUGAACAAGGGGAGAAAAACAAAGACUGGGACGGGGAAGGUAGGUUGGGGUGCUGCCGUUCAGCCCAUCUCUUGAUACAAGAACGGGGACGCUUAACAAAAUUGAAAAAUCAGCAAAUUUGAAACUGAUCUAAGGACCUAUGUUUUCCCACAACGCACAAUUAGCCUGUGGAACUCCCUGCUACAAGAUGUCAUUGAAGCCAAAAGCUUGGCAGGAUUGUUUUUAAAAAAGGACUGGGUCAUUAGAUACUGUUGUUCAUAUGAGAGAGGAAAUGGACAGGAGUUUGGGAAGGGAUCCAAAUCUUCUUACUUCAGGGCAUGAACCACCAUCUAAGUCAGAGGUGGGCAAACUGUGGCCCGCAGGCCACAUCUGGCCCGUGGGACCGUCCUGCCCGGCCCUUCAGCUCCCAGCCAGGGAGUGCUAUUCCCCCUCCCCUGCAGCCUGAGUUUGCCAUGCUACCCAUGCUGUGGGUGGCAGGGCUGCGAGCUCCUGCUGGGCAGCAGGGCUGUGAGAGUUGCCGGCCUGCCCCGGUGC